UUCACUCAAAAAGCACUUUAAAACACUCAUUUUUUAAAAAUCACUCGUUAUAACCUAAAAAGUAUUUUAUAAUAACAAAGUCUCUGGUGGCUAUCUAGGUGUCUAUAAACUCCUGCAAUCUCAGUUAAUACAAAUAUACCACAGUAAAUGGAUAAUUCUCCUAUUUUUUAUGUUUAAUUCGAUAAAUUCUAAGUACACUGACGUUUAUAAGAAGUUGGGUUAGGAUCCAUCAACGAACUACUUGAACUACUGUCAUGGUCGAAGGAGCUACUAAGUCGUCAGCUACUUUGAUCUUUAAAAAGACCUAGUAAUUAGUUACCUGUCAAAGCUCGUACAAAAUGUACAUUUGAAAAAAGAUUAUUACAUAAAUUCCGACUGGAAUUUGCUGAUUUUGCGUGACGAUUUAAUGCAAAAUGUAUCCUAUAAACUUUCUAAUACGUAACCAUUGGCUGCACUGCUAAACAAGUGAUAAACGAACUGCUAUUGGUUCAUUUUGGUCACAGUAGUUUUUUGUAUAUUGAAUGGUAAAUCAGCUGUGAAUUGUAAAUGCAACGUGUCCAGUGAGCCCAGAUCUUUACAGUUCAGUAUUAAAUUCUAGUGUAGCUUAAAAUGGCAAAAGAAGUAGUUGUGGCGAUUCUGUAUCUUACGUUCAUCGUUUUAAGUGCAAAUGGACAGCUACUGGAGGGCAUCUACUGUGGUAAAUUGAACUGUUACGACGUCUUGGGGGUUAGUAGAGAAGCCACUAAGAAUGAGAUCGCGAAAAGUUAUAGAAAACUUGCCAAGAAGUACCAUCCUGAUUUGUACAGGGAUAUCGAAGAGAAACUGCAAGCUGAAGAGCAGUUCAAAGUCCUAGCCAAUGCAUAUGAGAUACUUAAAGAUGAAGAGGCCAGGAACGACUAUGAUUACAUGUUGGACCAUCCUGAUGAAUACUAUGCCAACUAUUAUAGGUACUAUAGGCGAAAAGUGGCUCCAAAAGUAGAUGUGCGCAUAGUUAUAUUCGUAACUAUUUCCGUGAUUUCCAUAAUUCAGUAUUAUAGUGCUUGGCAAAGAUAUGAGACUGCUAUUAAAUACUUUGUGUCCCUGCCAAAGUACCGGAAUCGAGCUUUAGACAUUGCCCAGCAGAAGGGUAUUCUCCAAAAUGCCCAAAAGAAGUCCAAGGGAAAAAAUAAAGCCGAACAGAAAGAGGAAAUGGAACUAGUUAUAAGGACUAUAAUUGAGGAGAAUAUGGACAUAAAAGGGGCCUAUGCUAAGCCCACAAUAUAUGGCAUUUUAUGGGUUAGAUUGUUUCUGUUACCAUUCACCAUUUUAUAUUACGCUUAUUGGUAUACAAGGUGGUUUCUUCUGCACACCAUCUUGAGGAAACCAUACACUGAUGAGGAGAAGUUGUAUUUGAUUAGGAAAUAUUUAAAGAUGGGCGAGCAACAGUUUAGUGUCCUGGAGGACAGUGAGAAAAAGGAAUAUCUUGACAAGGAGUUAUGGAUAAGGGAUAAAUUUAAGGUGUGGCACAAAGAAAAAGAAGAUGAAGCAAAGAAACAACUUGCAGAGAAUUCGAGGUACAAACAGUACCGAAGGUAUCUCAAAAAUCACGGGGUUGGAAGGAUGACUUUUGAUGAUUCAUAACAACAUUUUUUUUAGAAGACUAUAAAAGAAUUUAUUUAUUAUUACUU